GUGAAAAACCCGUAAUCAACCUUUGUGAGUGCGCUGCUUUGCAACCGCUAGGUCGACGCCCACCCUCGUCCGGAGUUGACAACCGGUCAGAUGUUGAGAUAUUUCCUAUUGCUCGGAGGUACAGAGUGUCUUGUACCCCCGUAUGUGUCACAAAGGUCGAAUGAUGUUGGUCUCGUAUCACAGCGAAAUUGCCGGAAGCGCAGUAGCGGCCGAGUAGUCUUACUUGGGAGUGGAAUACCUCCUGAGUAUCCGACACACGACGGUCCUGUAGAUUCGGGCGGUGGCCCAAUACUCAAAGGAGUGAUUCUAGGUGGUGGAUCAUUCGGCUUGGCAAUGGCGCACGUGCUUGGCCGUAAGGGUGUUGCUGUAACGCUACUAAUGCGAAAUAGGUUAGAUGCUGAGACGAUAAACAUCAACCGUCGGCACCCCAGAUACCUGAGUGACAUCGAGGUACCUGUUCCCACGUGCGCAACAACUGAUGAAAAAGAGGCUUUGCGAGAUGCAAGCUUCCUAGUGCACUGCGUUCCAGUACAACACUCUCGACGGUACCUGCGGAAAAUUGCCAAGUUGGUCCCAACUGGAGUACCUGUGCUCUGCACAUCAAAGGGCAUUGACCGGAAGAGCCUUAAUCUCAUGUGCAAAAUCUUGCCAUCACAGCUUGGUGAAGGCCGGAGCUAUGCGUUUCUCAGCGGACCAUCCUUCGCACGUGAGAUCGCCGAGGGACUUGCUACGGCCGUCGUCGUAGCGUCGGAAGACCGCCGUGUUGCCUUUGACUUCCGUGACCUUCUUGCUUCCGAAUCAUUUCGUGUCUUCACAUCAGCAGACGUUGUUGGACUGGAGGUGGGGGGCGCCGUCAAGAAUGUCCUUGCGCUCGCAGCAGGCAUGUGUGAAGGGUUGGAUCUCGGGACAAAUGCGGUUACCGCGCUUGUUACGCGGGGUCUCUAUGAGAUGCAGCGCAUUGCGCUGGCUAUGGGCGGCCGUGCGUCAACUAUUGCCGGUCUAUCCGGUGUAGGUGACACAUUUGGUACAUGCUUUGGUCCACUAAGUCGAAACCGUAAUACUGGCGUUCGCCUUGGACGCGGCGAGCGCCUUGAUGACAUUCUCGCCGAUAUGGGUGAAGUUGCAGAAGGCGUCGAGACCGCCUUCGCCCUUGAGCGCCUCAUCAAGAAAUCGCACAAAUCUUAUCGUCUUGACCUCAAGUUCCCCAUCAUAUUUGGUGUAGCUGAGAUCCUCCGUGGUGAUCGCACUCCUCGAGAAGGACUCGAAGCCCUCAUGGGAUUGCCACUGCGCCCUGAAUUUAUUGCGCCUGUAUCUGAUGCACAAGCCAAUCGACGGAGACCUCUCAUUGUUGUUUCAGACUAUGAAAUCGGUGAUUCAGACGAAGAUGACCGGGAUAUUGACUUCGCCGACUGAGUUUGGACUUCGUGAACUUGAGCCCAGGUAUUUACAAUCUAGCAUGUGCUUCUUCUACAUACUCGCAGGCACCCCUUGGGUCUGACAUAAACUUCAGAUUACUAGAAGUAUAAAGCUUCACGAUUACUCGCACGGUCACGGCGCUAGUAGUAGUAGGCCCGAGCGGUCCGAGCUUGAUGGAUAACUUGGAAUUUGAAAUUCUCAAGUGGCGGUGUCCAGAAUAAAGUACGCGCUCGAUACCGCACUGGCCUCGACCCCCUCGGGCCCCCUCUAGUAGGGGGGGAUACCCAAAACUCAAAUUUCUAUGACUCCUCCCGGGACCCCCAGCGUCGUCACCAUGCUUUAGAGGGACCUUAGUA